UCGCGGAAAAUGGAUACGACGCGCAAAAUCAGCGUAAAAAAUUUUGUAGAGGAAUUUUAAGGUUUUAGUAAACAUUGAUAAUAUCGAACAGUUGUUAUGUUAUACUUUUCCUUAAAAUAUGCCUUAUGAUGGGAACUUUGGAGGAAAGAGCUCUUCCAUUAAGAAGGUGUAGAAGUCCUACUAGAGUUGCACGGAAACGACUGCAAAAUGUUAUAUCUGAGUCCGAAUCGUAUGACCUUUUAGAAAUUAAAAAAUCUGCAAAUCAAAAUGAUAUUCCUGCACAUUUAUAUGGACUUGAUAAAAGUGAAGAUAAUGUGUUAGGUCAUAAAAAGGAUUUCAACAUAGCUACUAAUAUCCUUAAAAUAGAAAAUACAAAUGUUGUUGGCUGCAAGAAAAGCAAUAAACUGUUACAGUGUAGUUGGCUGAAAACUAUCCUAAUAAUAUUUUGCAUUGGAGCUGUUUUUGUGGCUUUUUGGUUUGGAGCCAAAAAUAAUUAUGAUGAUCAAACCAAUAAUGAUGUACUUUCAAGUUUGCAGUUCCAGCCACCUGAAGCUGUAACUAUUGAAGAACUAAAUAAAAAAAUUGCUGCACUUGAGUUAAAUUACACCCUUGUAGAGUCAUUAAAACAGUAUAGCAAUCUACAGAAACAAACAAUAGACAAGCUCCAACAGCAGAUCAGUACCACAGUUAAUGUAGUAAAGUCCCUGAGUGAGAAGCUGAAUCUUUUACAGAAGGAAGCAGAAGAUGACAAAAAAAAAGUUGAAAUGGAUCAAAAAAGAAACGAAAAUGGACUUUGUCAAGGAGAUGAAUGCAGAUAUUCAUCUCAAAACAUUUAUGCUGUAACACAAUCAUUUUUAGAAGUUUACUCUGCAGACAAACUAGGAAUACCUGACUUUGCUCUAGAAUCUGCAGGAGGAAGUAUUCAUAUGCCACAUCAUUCUGAGACUUGUGAAUCUGGUUCACCGAUUAUUAAAGUCUUUGGUUUACCUUUAUGGAAUGAUCCACGUUCUCCUCGCAGCAUAAUAAAUACAGAUAGUUUGCCAGGAUCCUGCUGGCCAAUGAAAAGCAGUAAAGGAUAUGUAGUUAUAAAGCUUGCUACCAUGAUUAAACCCACAAUGGUGAGUUUGGAGCACUUAGAUCAAAGGCUAGACCAAUAUUCGUAUAAAUCCUUCAAAAGUGCACCCAAGGAAUUUCAAGUAUUUGCAUGGUUUGAUGCGCAAGGAGCCUCAAAAGCAAAAAUUGGUUCAUUUACAUAUCUAAGAAACAGUUCUGCAAUACAAUCUUUUAAAUUGGAAAAAGAAGUCAAUAAUAUUCUGUACAUAGAGCUUCGUAUAUUAAGUAACUAUGGCAAUGAAGAUUGCACUUGUAUAUAUCGGUUUCGUGUACAUGGAAUUUCUAAUGAUUGGAUGUCUGGAAGUUUAUAGUUUGUUAGAAAGUUUUGCUUGAGUUUGAGAAGUUAAAUUAUUUUUAUAGAACAAGUUGUAUAUAUGUAUAUUUUUGCUUAAAAAGGAAAAUUUAUGAUUUAUUCAUACUAU